AUGGAUCCUCCACCCCCGCCAAGCACCCAUUCCUCGACGACUCCCGUUCCACCUCCACCUUCAACAACAACAGCAACAUCCACAACAUCGACCGCAUCAACCUCAACAACAACCCCAUCCUUCCCCCGUCUCGCCGUCCUCGCCCCCUCCAAAACCCACACCUUCUCCCCCCCGCAAAAACGCAUCCACACCGGCGCCGACCUCCCCCACUUCCUCACCUCGCUGGCCUACCGCGACAUCGGCAUCUUCAUCCUCCAGCUCAACCGCGCUCUCUGCCCCCGAAAGCCAUCAUCCCUUCCAACCUCAACCUCAACCUCAACCUCAACCGCAACCGCAACCGCCCCAGCCGUGAAAGCUACGCCCCAGCCCCAAACCUUCCCCCUCAACGCCCCCCGCUCCGACCCCCCCUCCGUCCUCUGGCUCCGCGACAUGCUCGACCAAGUCGCCGGUCUAAUUGACCAAGCCCCACCAGAAAAGGGCCCCCGCCGGUUCGGGAAUGUGAGUUUCCGGCGGUGGUAUACGUUGCUUGAAGAGAAGGUGGAGGCGGGGUUGUUGAGGGGGGUUUUGGAGGGGGUUGAUUUGGGUGCGUGGGGUGGGUCGCUGGGAGCUGAAGAGGCAGGGGGGGGUAUAAAGGGAGAGGGGGAUACAAAGGGAGGGGAUGGGAUGCUGAGAGGGGAAGGGAUACUGGAGGAGGUGAAGGGGUACUUUUUGGGGGCGUUUGGGAGUGCGCAGAGAUUGGAUUAUGGGACGGGGCAUGAAUUGAGCUUUUUGGCGUUUUUGGGGGCGUUGUGGAAGGUGGGUGUGUUUAGGGAUGGGAAGGGGGAAGGGGGGGAGGUGGAGAGGAGUGUGGUGUUGGGGGUUUUUGAGCCGUACCUAAAGGUCGUUAGGAGGCUGAUCCUGACGUACAACCUCGAACCGGCCGGCUCGCACGGCGUCUGGGGCCUCGACGACCACACGUUUCUACCAUACAUCUUUGGCUCAGCUCAGCUCACCCGGCCCAUCACCGAGACAGAACCCAUGCCCCUCGAAGGCUCCGUCCCGGGCGCCCCGCGGCCCUCCGACGUGGCCAAGGCAGCCACCGUCGACUUACACCGCGAUUCCAACAUGUACUUUUCCGCCAUCGGCUUCAUCAACGACGUCAAGACCGGUCCCUUUUGGGAGCACAGCCCGAUCUUGUUCGACAUCUCGGGCAUCAAAGACGGCUGGGGAAAGAUCAACAAGGGCAUGAUCAAGAUGUUCAACGCCGAGGUGCUCUCCAAGUUCCCCGUCGUCCAACAUUUUCCCUUUGGCUCGCUGUUCUCUUGGGAUCCUGAUCCGGAGGCUGCUUUGCCGGCGCGGACUGCGCAUGUGGCCAGCCAGCCGGGUAAUGUGAACACCGCCACGGCCACGCCUGGGGAAGGCGCAGGGACCGCAGCCCCGUGGGCACAAGCGACCAAGAUGCCUGGCUCUGCGGCUGGCGUGCCGUCGGGACCGGGGAUCCCAUACUCUAGAGCCCCGUGGGCUGCUGGAGGCAGUGCAGCACCGUCCGCGCCUAGAGGAGUGGUGCCGGAAACGGGGCCGCCGCCGCCGACGGCUUUUCCCAGGGGGAAGCCAGGAACGGCCAGUAACCAGUUUGCUGUGACCAAAGCGCCGUGGGCGAAGGAUUGA